CGGCUUCUUGCGGCGGCCCCGAAGCGCCCCCGUGGGCCCCUGGUGCCGGGGCGUCCCGCCUGCCAGCGACCGAGAUGGCGGCCCAGGCGGCGCGGCGGGCGAGGGGCCCCGCCGGCAGCGCCCGGCGCGGCGGAUGGUGAUGUGGUAAAUGUAGCCAAGCUCUUCUCUACCUAGGAGACAUUCUCCCCUGAGGAGCAGUCCCCUUUUGCUGGACAUGCUUACAGAACUGCACAGCCAUGGACCUCAAGGAGAAGUGUCAGGAUGAGAUGACCUCAAGUUUGGGCCUUACCACAAAGAAAGCCCUCAUGAUCCUGAGAGACCAAUUGUCAGCACUGCUAGAGGGGCAUCAGAAGGAACGGAAAAAAGGGACUUCAUGGAAGGAGGUGUGGAGGAGCAGUUUCCUGUACCAUGGUAACCGCUGCUCCUGCUUCCACUGGCCUGGUGCGUCUCUGAUGCUGCUGGCAGUGCUGUUGCUGCUAUGCUGCUAUGGGAGCCAGCCACAGGGGAGCCAAGGUGCUGAGAUAGUCAAUGCACUGGCACUCUUCCUCCUGCUCCUCUUGGAUCUCCUCAUGAUUGGGCGUCAAGAGAGGCUGAAGUGCAGAGAGGUGGAGAGGAGGCUUCAGACCAUUGUUGAUAAGAUAAACGAUACACUUGGCAAAGAGGUGAAAUGGCCAGACUCCAUGUACCCUGACCUUCACAUGCCUUAUGCCCCAUCCUGGUCCCUUCACUGGGCCUACAGGGAUGGGCAUCUUGUCAAUCUGCCUGUGAGCCUCUUGGUAGAAGGAGAUGUUGUUGCUCUGAGGCCAGGCCAGGAGUCAUUUGCUUCUCUGAGAGGGAUUAAGGAUGAUGAGCACAUAGUUCUGGAGCCUGGAGAUCUGUUUCCACCCUUCUCACCCCCACCCUCCCCAAGGGGAGAAGUGAAGAAGGGCCCUCAGAAUCCUCAGCUCUAUCGUCUCUUCCGUGUGUUGAAGACCCCAAUAAUUGAUAAUGUCAGGUGGUGCCUGGAAAUGGCUCUGUCACGGCCUGUGACAGCCCUGGAUAAUGAGAGGUUCACUGUACAGUCAGUGAUGCUGAAAUACGCUGUCCCUAUUGUGCUGGCUGGAUUCCUGAUCACCAACGCCGUGCGUUUCAUUUUCCAAGCUCCUGGAAUUGCUUCCUGGCAGUACACUCUUCUUCAGCUGCAGGUGAAUGGUGUCUUACCCAUCCUUCCAUUGCUCUUUCCUGUCCUGUGGAUUCUUGCUACAGCUUUUGGAGAAGCCAGAGUGUUGGCCCAGAUGAGCAAAGCCUCAUCCACCUCACUGCUUGCUAAGUUUUCAGAGGACACUCUCAGCAGCUACACAGAGAUGGUAUCUUCUCAGGAAAUGAUACGUUGUAUCUGGAGCCACUUCCUCUGUGUUUUAAAAGGCAAAUCCCCUACUCUGAGCUUCACUUCCAGCUUGCUCCACAGUCUGGGAUCUGUCACUGUGCUCUGCUGUGUAGACAAGCAGGGGAUUCUUUCCUGGCCAAACCCCAGCCCAGAGACUGUUCUGUUCUUCAGUGGGAAGGUGGAACCACCUCAUGACAGCCACGAAGACCUGACUGAUGAGCUCUCCACACGGUCCUUCUGCCAUCCUGAGAUGGAAGAUGAGCCCCAUGAAAGAGAUGCUUUGCUCUCUGGCCCCCUGGCAGACACAGUGCACAUGGCCAGUGAACAAGAGAGGAACAACUGGUCUGGUGAUGCUCCAAAGGCUCCUGAAGCCUCUGCCCACCGGAAGCCGAACAGCAGAAGCAAACAUCCCUCUGGAUCCAACGUGAGCUUUAGCAAGGACACGGAGGGUGGAGAGGAGGAGCAUACUCAGGUUGUUGGGGACAACGAGGUGUUGGCUUGUGAGGCUGAAGACUUUGUGUGUGACUACCACUUGGAGAUGCUCAGCCUGUCCCAAGACCAGCAGAACCCUUCCUGCAUCCAGUUUGAUGACUCCAACUGGCACAUGCACCUGAAUUCCCUCAAGCCUCUGGGCCUGAACGUGCUGCUCAACCUGUGCAACGCCAGCGUGACUGAGCGGCUGUGCCGCUUCUCCGACCACCUCUGCAAUAUCGCCCUGCAGGAGACUCACAAUGCUGUGCUGCCUGUCCAUGUGCCCUGGGGCCUCUGUGAGCUUGCCAGGCUGAUAGGUUUCACACCAGGUGCUAAAGAUCUUUUCAAGCAGGAGAACUAUUUGGCGUUGUACCGCUUGCCAAGUGAUGAAAUGGUUAAGGAAACCAUCCUGGGGAAGCUUUCGUCCAUCACCAAGAGGAGACCCCCCCUGAGCCACAUGAUUAACCUGUUUGUGAAGGACACCACUACCAGCACUGAGCAGAUGUUUUCUCAUGGGACAGCUGACAUCAUCCUUGAGGCCUGCACUGACUUUUGGGAUGGUACCGAUAUCUACCCCCUCUCUGGCUCUGACAGGAAGAAGGUGCUGGAUUUCUACCAGCGAGCCUGCCUGUCAGGAUACUGCUCUGCCUUUGCAUACAAGCCAAUGCACUGUGCCUUGUCCUCCCAGCUCAAUGGCAAGUGCAUAGAGCUGGUGCAGGUGCCAGGGCAGAGCGCGAUCUUCACGUGCUGUGACCUCCCUGGGACCACUCCCAUCAAACAGAGCAGCCGGAGGAACAGCUGGAGCUCAGAUGAAGGGAUUGGGGAAGUGAUGGAGAAGGAAGACUGUAUCCAGGCUCUGAGUGGACAGAUCUUCAUGGGAAUGGUCUCAUCUCAGUAUCAGGCCCGCCUUGACAUUGUCCGCCUCAUUGAUGGAUUGGUCAAUGCCUGCAUUCGUUUUGUCUACUUCUCCCUGGAAGAUGAGCUCAAAAGCAAGGUGUUUGCUGAGAAAAUGGGUCUGGAGACUGGCUGGAAUUGCCACAUAUCCUUAACUCCCAAUGGUGAUGUGCCUGGCUCAGAGAUCCCCCCCUCCAGCCCCAGCCAUGCUGGCUCCCUGCACGAUGACCUCCAUCAGGUUUCUCGAGAUGAUGUGGAGGGGCUUCUGCUGAUGGAAGAGGAAGGGCACUCGGAUCUCAUCAGCUUUCAGCCAACAGACAGUGAUAUCCCCAGCUUCCUGGAGGACUGUAACAGGGCCAAACUUCCCCGGGGGAUCCACCAGGUGAGGCCUCACCUGCAGAAUAUUGACAACGUGCCUUUGCUGGUGCCCCUGUUCACAGACUGCACCCCAGAGACCAUGUGUGAGAUGAUCAAGAUCAUGCAGGAGUACGGGGAGGUGACCUGCUGUCUGGGAAGCUCUGCCAACCUUCGGAACAGUUGCCUCUUCCUGCAGAGCGAUAUCAGUAUAGCCCUGGACCCUCUCUACCCAUCCCGCUGCUCCUGGGAGACCUUUGGCUAUGCCACCAGCACCACCCUGACCAAUGGCUCUGAGGAGCUCACCCCGCUGCAGCUCUCAGGGCAGCUCAACAGCCUGCCCUGCUCCAUGUCCUUCUGCCAAGAAGAGAGCACCAGCAUCAUCAGGCUCAUAGAGCAGGCCAGGCAUGCGACGUAUGGGAUCCGCAAGUGUUUCCUCUUCCUGCUGCAGUGCCAGCUGACCUUGGUUGUCAUUCAGUUCCUCUCCUGCCUGGUGCAGCUGCCCCCCAUCCUCAGUACCACAGACAUCGUGUGGCUCUCCUGUUUCUGCUACCCACUGCUCAGUAUCUCGCUCCUGGGCAAGCCUCCCCACAGCUCCAUCAUGACCAUGGCAACAGGAAAAAACUUGACUUCCAUUCCCAAGAAGACUCAGCACUACUUCCUGCUCUGCUUCCUGCUGAAAUUCAGCCUGACCAUCUGCUCCUGCCUCAUCUGCUUCGGGUUCACCCUGCAUGAGUCCUGCAAAGGGGUGAACACCACCAGCCUCAACCUCACAGCCUGCUCCUCCAUCAUGCUGCACAGCAAUGCUUAUGGUGCUCCUGACUGGUUUGGGACGUUUUCCAAUGCUCUCCUGGUAGCCCAGAAGCUCACAGCUGGCCUGAUUGUUUUACACACAGUGUUCAUAUCCAUCACCCACGUCCAUCGCACCAAGCCCCUGUGGAAGAAGAGCCCCCUCUCUAACCGUUGGUGGACGCUCACUGUGGCUGUUGUAGUGCUGGGGCAAGUGGCACAGACUGUGCUGGACCUGAAACUCUGGGAAAACCUCAACUCUUCUUUGACCUUUAACCACGUCUCCAUCUCUCCGGUCUCAUGGCUCCUGGGUUUUCUUUCCUUGGUCCUUGUGGUUAUCAUCAAUGAGAUUGUCAAGCUGCAUGAAAUCAGGGUCCGUGUCCGUUACCAAAAGAGGCAGAAGUUGCAGUUUGAAACCAAGCUGGGGAUGAAUUCACCAUUUUAAAAGCACCCAAGCUCAAGUUCCCUGGAGCCAGGGCCAAACAGCCACUGGGAGAGUGGCUGCACCAAAGGCUCGGGGAGUUUUCUGUCUCACAUGCAAACCAGACAGCCUUCUGGCAAAACUACAUCUGCACCUUCCCAGGGCCCCAGGCAGGGAUCCCUCCACAGGUAUUCAGCCCCUUCCCAGGCUGCCAGGUACCCUCACAGGAACCUGCAAGCUCUGGUGCUUGUUCAGGCUGCUCUUCCUUUAUUUAUUUAUUACUAGAGGUAUUUGUUAGUAUCAUGGUGAUGCUAAAACGAAGCGGCUCCUUUCCUCUUUGUGAGCAGAUGGGUUUCCUGGGCCUGGCAGGAGAAUCUGGGACCAGUAGGGCUGCUGAAGAAGGAGAUCUCUAUUGAAACCAGUUUUGGUUUUCCAUCUCUGCCUGCUCUCCGUGUGUGCGUGCCUGUGCAUGCCCUCCCCACCUCCCUGCCCUGUGUCCCGCGGCAAAGGAGCCAUCCCUCUUGCAGUCCCAGGAGUGCUGGGAGCUCACAUUCCCGAGGGGACAGUAGGAAGGGUCUCUGGACAGCUGGGCUAGGCCAGCCCUGCCCUCUAGUGUCGUUGUCACAUCCAUGUGCUGGCUGUGUCAGAAGAGGGAUGGGAUGAGACAGGGCUUUGGGAAAAGCUGCCUGUGAUCCUCUGGUCUGGUGUAGAGGGAGGGCAGCUCUGCCUGCCUGCAGGGAGCCAGCAUGGCUCAGCUUCCUGCAGCCUUGUUGAACCAGCUUUUGUCUUCUUUAACAACCCCCAGAGAGGUUUUAUAGCUCUUCUCCUUUUUGUGAUCCAAACUGCUGUUCUGCUUCAGUAAUGUGCCUGCUUGAGAAAACCACAGCUCGAGAUAAAGCCUGAGCCCUGACUAUCCUGCCCUAGAGGGAGGGGAUGUCUUUCCAGGCAGGAUAUCUGCAACUUGCAGUUGUGACUAAUACAGAGCUGGUCAAUGGCUUCUUUCCCAAUCCCAGGAUUGUGCUGCCUCCAGUUCUUGCUCCCCAAGGCACAGGGAACCACCCCCCCCCAAUCAUGUCUAUCUGUGGUAGUGCUGGGAAGUCUCUCCCCUCUGUGCUAAUGCCUUCACACAGAACCACAGAAUGGUUUGGGUUGGAAGGGGCCUUAAAGCUUAUCUUGUUCCACCCCCUGCCAUGGGCACCCUGCCAUGGGCAGGGAUACCUUCCUCUAUCCCAGGGUGCUCCAAGCCCUGUCCAACUUCCAGGGCUGAAAUUCCAGGGAUGAGGCAGCCACAACCUCCCUGGGCAACAUCUGCUCAGUGUUUUUCUACAGGUCUCUUCAUUUGCCUAGGGGACCUCUCCCCUGAGGGCUGCAGCAAACCAUGAUCUGUCCCAGUGCAAUGCACAAGCUCCUGAGCUCUGACCAGACCCCAUCUGUACUGGGAGCACUGGUCCUGUUGUGGGCUGACAGCCAAGGGCCACAUAGGAGCACACAGGCUUGGCUACCAGAAUAUUUGCAGCUCGUGGAGAUGUUGACUCUAGUUCUAAACACUAAAGCUGGGAAAUCCUGGCCCUGUUUUUGGUCCCAACAUUAACACUACAGUGUUUGGCUGUUACCUCCUCUUUGGUACCAGAGAUUAACAAGUGGCAGCUGGUCCCUCCUGGGCAGGCAGGGAGCUGGCUGGAACCCCCAAGCUCUGCCCUGCUGCUCCACCUUGUCUUCCUCACUUUUCAGCAUAACCAGAGAGCACGGACACAGCUGAGUGUCUCUAAGCAAUACCCUCACCCUGCUGUGGAGCUGGUAGACGAGCAGAGCUGUCCCCAACCCCUGAGCUCUGGGGACACACUGAGGAUGCUGCAGGAGGGCAGCUGGGGGUGUUCCAUGCCCUGGACUCAGUUCCUCAGGUGGGGGAUGUGGAGAUCCCAUGCUGUCAGGAUUGCAUGGGUUAGGGAGCCAGAAGCUCCCUGGGGAAGCACAGGGCUCCUCCCCUGCACCACGGCAGACAGGCUGGACUGUGCCCUCGCUCUUGGGCACCUGCAGGGAGAACAAGCUGCACCUUUCUCAGCCUCAGUUCACUAAAUGCCACCUCUAGCUCUGUGACACCUGGCCCCUGAGAAAUCAGCUUUCCUUCCUGAUGCCAGGGUCAGGUCACAGGUGGGAUAGCAUCUCCUCCAUGGCUGGGCUGAGCUGCAGAGGCAGCACAGAGCUGCUCACUGCUGUCCCAGCUUUCCCCCCACCCAGACCUUGGCUCUUGCCCUGUGCCAUGAACUGUUGUAGGUGUUAAAAGGCAGCAGAUUCCAGGGCUUCCUGCUGGCCACACCUUCCUCUGGAGGAGGCACCGUCAAGGUUUCCUCCUCUGGUUGAUCACAAAUGUUUAUUUUCCUGCAUCCUCCUUCCCCAGCUAGACUUGGAGGGAGCUAAAGUGUAUGAAUGGAGCCUUUAGGAUGGUAUUGCCAGUGCCACCCUUCCCUCAGCCAUUGAAGUGUCUGAGGGUCAGAGUGCAUGGCUUCAGAAGGAAAUUUCCUACAUCAAGAUGUUUUUAAAUGCUGUAUAUUUUAUAUUAAAUUUUUUGGGAUGUAUGUAAAAAUAUUUCAUUUGUAUUAAAACUUGUAAAUUGUAUAAAAAAGAAAAAAAAAAAAAAAGAAACAAACCCAGACCCACAAGCAUCCAGUAUAUGAAUGGCAAUAAAUGAUUGUCUUGGAUAACACACCCAAGAGUUGGGAACAAGUUUGCACCCAGCAAAGGAAGGAGGUAAAAAUGUCUGGCUGCUGGGGUCACAGGGUGUGAUUUUCCUGUUGUAGGGACACAGCCUGAGAGCUUGAUGCUCCUGGGAUCCAGUUUUGGCCUUUUUCCCAGUUUCUGCUCAGCUUUGGGCAAAUCUGUCCAUCUCUGAAAGCUUCUUCCUCCAGCGUAAGUUUGCUUACCUGGUGGUUUCCUGCUUCAAUCAAGGCUGGUGGCACGGUUUGAAUCCCUCUGGUUGGGUGAAAGGUUGGGAUGAGCUGGAAGAAGCACUGGGAGCACUGGAGACAAACAGUGGUGGGAUAAAGAGGCCUGGGCUGCUUGUCCUGAGCAAAGCAGGCACUGGGGUGACAGCAGCCACACUAAACAGGCAGGAGGAAGGAGGAAUGCUCUGCCUGGCACAUGGGGACAGUGGAGGUGGCACAUGGGCAGAGCUGGGCACAGGGACACUGGGACACUAGUGGUGUCACCAGAGACUCAACAUUUACCUUACUGAAGGUGACUGGGACUCACCAGGGGAGAUUAUCAGAACCCUGGAGCACUAAAGCUGAUCCUCCAUGGACUUCAAGCAGUAGGAGACAAGCUAGUGCCAUUUGACACAAAGGACACAACUAGGCAAAACUAUCAAAAGGGUGAAAUAUGCCCCACUGUUUAAUAGAAUUUAGUCUUAAUGGAUGUUAGUGGAAAACAAAACACAUGAUUAACACAAACAGAGCAGAUGGUUUAAAAUCUGUUGUCAGUCUGGUGAUUACAUGGGCUAUUUUUUUCCCUCACUGUCUCGCUGCACAGAGCAGGUGCAGCUGGGGUCAGUUAUUCCCAAUUGCAGUGUACAUAACUUACACACCAUACAGUAGCUUCAAAAUAGAGAUCUAGAGCUCAAAAAAUAGGCAUUCUUCUGCAAAAUCAAAUGUUUAGUUCCCUUAUUGACAAAGAGAGAGCAGCAUUGUGCUGCCCUCAGGUGGCUCAGACAUCGGCAGCUCCACCCCAGUGUCCUCUUAUCCCUGACCCAAGACUCGCAGUUCUGGUUAGUAAAUAUAUAGAAUAAAUCACAUUUAAAAUAUAUACAUUGG